UUCUCUCUCCGUACCGCUCUGCCCUCGUAUUAAGCCCUCGAUGGCGUGCACAUGCUCCUGACAGCCUCGCUGCUGUUUGUCCCUUAUCGCGUUCGUGUCUACCAAAUUACGCUCGAGAACUUCAUUGCGCUGGUCGGAGGAGGAGGGCCGCGAUCAGAUUUGAGGCACACGUAUCGCUGUCGUAAGAGCACGUGUGCCCGAACGGAAACCAGAGCUCCGUCUUUAAAGAUGCAUGAGAUGUCUGUGGCGAAUACGGAUGGAGCCUCUGCCCGAGGAGGAGAGGACAGGCUGGUGCAGGUGGCAGUGAAGGCCUGAAGCGGAGCAUCACGACUGCUCCCUGUGCGUGUGUGUGUGUGUGUCUGUGUGAGGAGCAGGUGGGGGGCCUCCACCUGCUGAAUGAACCCCGUCAGCAUUGGAGAGUACCACGGGCUACGGGUGGGAUCUGCCUUGCUCAGCAUUGUGGCGGGCUGCAUCAUCAUUGGGGUGUCCAGGGAGUGUGACGCUGACGCGGUGGGGGGGAUCUUCCUGGGAGCGGGAGGCCUCGGCCUGCUCAUAUCGAUCUACCCCUUCGUAAAAGCCUGGCUGAACAUCAACCAAAUUCUUCCAUCCUUUGGAAACUUCAGAGUGCACCCAACACCAGCCAAUCCCGCUCCCGAUCAGCCCGGAGAGACGCUAAGAAGAGAAGGGACGCAGAGUCAGCUGAAUGUGGAGCGUUCCAAGAGUCGAAUGGGAACCUUUGUGGAGGGCGGACCAGUGGCUGAGAUCCACCCGGAUGAGGGGUACGUGGUCGACGCUGACGUCUUCAGACCUGCCCGACAUCUUAUCUAGACGGAAACUCAAGCAGUUGCCUCCUGAUCAAGACCUGCCAUGAUGUCAUCACACAACCUUCGGAGCAAUAUUAUUUAACUUCCCCGCUAAGUCUUCUUCAUUCGGUGGAUAUCAACGGCGGGACUAAAGCAUGAUGAUUAUUUGUAGAAUUGAGGCUGAACUUGCUCUUUUGUUGACACAACCUCAUUGCAUUGUGCUCGUGUCGCCUAAUAAACACCUCCAAAAGUUUGAA